AUGUUCGUCGAUUAUGGAGGUGGUGUCGUCAUGUUUGCUCCGCAGAUAACAUAUCUAGCGGUCCUUUGGGCUUUAUUCAUGGGGUUCGUCUGGUUUGUCAGUUGCCAGAAACCUGCAGGUUACUUGCCUGCUACCUACGGACAUAUCAAGACCGUGGUGGAACUCGUGGAUGAAUGGCAUCCUAGUAUGUUCUGGGGCGAUAAAGGCGCAGGAGAGAAUGGAAGUCGUCAUCCAGGGACCGCUGGAUGUAGACUUCAGCCUAUCGAGCCCAGUGCCCCUUAUAUGGGCUCAGCCACCCCUUAA